AGUGGCCUGCUGGGCUCUACUCUACUCUCUAGUCUCUUCUUUUCUCCUGCAUUAUUAUUAAAUAUUGUUCGGUACACAGAAAACGACAUCGGUUUAAGGCGUUGUUCACGUUAAGUCCGUGCAGUGCAGGCGCGGCAGCAGUGUGUCCCUGUUUCAAGUCUAGAAGAAGAAGCACCGCACCCACAGAGAAAGGGGUUUAAACGAAGCACAUCGAGCAGUCCGUCUCUUCAUCCUCAUCUCCUCUCUUCUACUAGGGUUUAUUUAUUUAUUUAUUUAUAACGCUUGCUUUCUACUUGUAACUGAAAAGGCUGAAAGGAAAGAUGCACGCUCCAGUUCUCGUUCUUAGGGAUUCGUUGAAACGGGAAUCAGGAAGGAAGGUACAUCAUGCCAACAUACAGGCUGCAAAGGCAGUUGCCGAUAUUAUCAGGACCACCUUAGGUCCUCGUUCCAUGUUGAAGAUGCUUCUCGAUGCCAGCGGCGGUAUUGUUGUCACGAACGACGGCAAUGCCAUCCUGCGUGAGUUAGAUCUGGCUCAUCCUGCUGCUAAAUCCAUGAUUGAAUUAAGUCGCACUCAAGACGAAGAAGUCGGUGACGGAACUACCUCCGUCAUUGUUCUCGGAGGAGAGAUGCUUCAUGUUGCUGAAGCCUUCAUCGAAAAGAACUACCAUCCUACUGUCAUAUGCCGAGCCUACAGUAAAGCUUUGGAGGAUGCUAUUGCAGUGAUUGACAAAAUUGCUAUGUCCAUUGAUGUCAACGAUCGUCCUACAAUGUUGGGGCUGGUCAAGAGUUGCAUUGGCACAAAGUUCACUAGUCAAUUUGGGGACUUAAUUGCUGAUCUAGCAAUUGAUGCCACCUCAAUAGUUGGUGUGGACCUUGGUCAAGGAUUGCGUGAAGUUGACAUCAAGAAGUACAUUAAGGUUGAGAAGGUGCCUGGUGGCCAGUUGGAAGAUUCAAAGGUUCUUAAAGGGGUUAUGUUUAACAAAGAUGUAGUUGCCCCUGGAAAAAUGAAGAGAAAAAUUGUGAACCCACGUGUUAUUCUUCUUGAUUGCCCCGUUGAGUACAAAAAAGGAGAGAACCAGACAAACGCGGAGCUGGUUAGAGAAGAAGACUGGGAAGUCCUGUUGAAAAUGGAAGAGGAAUACAUAGAGAAUAUGUGUGCGCAGAUACUGAAGUUGAAACCAGAUUUGGUAAUCACAGAGAAAGGUCUCAGUGAUUUGGCAUGCCACUAUCUGAGCAAAGCUGGUGUUAGUGCAAUCAGGAGGCUGCGGAAGACUGAUAAUAACAGAAUUGCCAAGGCAUGUGGGGCCACUGUUGUGAACAGACCAGAUGAGUUGCAAGAGUCUGAUGUUGGUACUGGGGCUGGUUUAUUUGAGGUUAAGAAAAUUGGGGAUGAAUUCUUUGCUUUCAUUGUUGAUUGCAAAGAUCCAAAGGCUUGUACUGUUCUUUUGAGAGGUGCCAGCAAGGACCUUCUGAAUGAAGUGGAAAGAAACUUGCAGGAUGCCAUGUCUGUAGCUAGAAAUAUACUCAAGAAUCCAAAACUCCUUCCCGGUGGGGGUGCUACAGAAUUAACUGUAUCUGCUGCUCUGAAGCAAAAAAGCUCAUCUAUCGAAGGCAUAGAAAAGUGGCCUUAUGAAGCUGCUGCUAUAGCUUUUGAGGCUAUACCAAGAACAUUGGCUCAGAAUUGUGGUGUUAAUGUGAUCCGAACCAUGACUGCUCUGCAAGGGAAGCAUGCAAAUGGUGAAAACGCAUGGAUUGGCAUAGAUGGGAACACUGGUGAAAUUACCGAUAUGAAAGAGAGGAAGAUAUGGGAUGCCUACAAUGUCAAGGCACAAACCUUCAAAACAGCAAUCGAGUCUGCUUGCAUGCUUCUGAGGAUUGAUGACAUUGUGAGUGGAAUCAAGAAGAAGCAGGCCCCUGGAGCGCAGGGUCCGUCCAAGCCUAAGAUUGAGACAGAAGCAGAUGCAGACAGCGAGCAGAUACUUCCUGACUGAAGAUUUUAGUUGCUGUUUGAACUGACUUUCCAUGGAAGAAUCUGACAAAAGAAGCCAGUUUAUUUUAUCGGCUCUUGAGCUGUUUUGUCCCAAGUUUUGAUUAGAGUGCCUUUGUUCAAAGUUUUGGGCCUAUUUGUCUGUGGCGGCCUGCUGGUGGUGUGAACCAUAUAGGAAUUGUAUGGUACUCGUAUUAGUUAGUGUAUUGUCCAAUCUGAAUUCCUCCUACACAAAACAGUAAAUCAGUAAUGGUGUGGUUUUUUAUUUUGAA